AUGUCUAGUCUGUGCACACUUCUGACACCAUGCAGUCAGGUUUCAAGGCGCAUUCGAUGUCAAAAUUGUGGUAAUCAAAUGAAUCAAGUCAGUUGGAAACAGUGUUUAAUAUGCAAAGCGUUUAAUUUAUGUAAUGAAUGUGCAUUACCAGAUAUUGAAUUAGAACCUGCAGCCAUUGUUUAUCAUACACAAUUACACAAGAAUAUUGGAUACAAUGAGUGUAUCGUUUUGAGGGAAUGUAUGCAAUUGACACAGGUCACGAAAAAUUUCGACGAUGUAGAAACAAGUGUAGAAGAAUUUUCUCGUAUAAUGAAUGAGAAUAAAAUUCGAAAUGAUUAUGAUAUGUCUGUUGUUACCGCAAUAUUAAAGGAAAAGAGAAAUAGAUCACAAUCGCCAAUUGAACAACAAGAGCAGCAACAAUUGUCUUCCAUGAUCAUAGACUAUCAUACACAAGGACACGGAAGAAAUAUACGUGUAUUAAGCUUAGAUGGGGGCGGUAUACGUGGUUACAUGCCCAUUCAAAUUCUUUCUCAUGUAAUAGCAAAGAAAUAUCUUCCCGAUAUUGAACAAUUUAAUUCUAAUGAUUUAGAACAUAGAGAACGAUUUAAACAAGUUCAAUCACAAUUUACAAAUAAUUUCGAUUAUAUUGUUGGCACUAGUACUGGUGGACUUAUUGCUUUUUGUUUGGCUGUUAACUAUAGUAUAUUAGAUAUGAAAGAUAUAUAUUCAAAUUCUUCUUACUACUUCAAACGUAACUGGCUUGGCCCUUUACUAUCGGCCAAAUAUGAUCCCAGUCGUAUACACAAUAAAAUUGAUGAAAUUAUCGGUACAAUUACGCUGAAAAAUGGCAAGAAAUUAUCAGCUCAAAAUGCUACUUUACUUGAUAUACAUAAUUUCUUAAAUCCUGAUCAAAUGAUUAAUGAUGAUGGAUUAACAUCAAUAUGUUCUCAUGGAGAUUUGUUAGAAUUUGUUGACGAUAUUGAGCAAGAUAAUAAUGAAACUUGCAAUGUCAAUGUUAAUCGUGUUAAACGCGAAAAGGUAUUGCUUAUUACUGCUUACAACACAACAAUAAGUGGUAUUACUAUGUUUAAUACAAGUUAUGCUAAGCAUUGGUACUAUCGUAUAGCAGAUGUAUUAAAGGCGACAAUGGCUGCUCCCACAUAUUUUCCACCACAUAAGAUGCAUAGAGGAAUAAUUGAAAACGGUCAUUUCGUACCAAAUAAGCAUCAAAAAAUAUAUGUUGAUGGUGGUGUAUUCGCCAAUGAUCCAGAAUUAAUGGCAAUAUGGGCAAUACGAAUGCAAUGGAAAAAAAUAAUCAAUUAUCAUUUACUUUCUAUAGGUACAGGGCACUACGUUGACGAUUUAUCAGCCACAAACGAGGGUGGCUAUAUAGGAUGGAUAUUCAACAAAGGAUUACUUGUUAAUACACUCAUGGAAGCUACACGUAGUUUUACGGAAACAAUUACGAAUGAUUUAACUAAAUCCAAUGAUAUCAAACGGAUGAAAUUUAAUUUUAGAAUUAAAAAAUCUAUGGAAUUAGAUGAUCCGAAUUUUAUCUACGAAUUUGAUAAGGAAUGGAAAUUUUUCAAAAAUGGAGAAGAUUUUCAAACAUUAAUGAAUUUUUAUGAUCAGUAUAUUGAUAUGGGACCAAAUUAA